AGCGCGGCCUUUUUGUGGAUGUUUUUUUCCCUUGACGUUUCCAUAGCGAAGGAGGUCGUGCCCCGGAAGAGAAGCCGCCAUGUUGCCGAGUGACCCCGCGAGCUGUGCCGGGAGCGGGAAGAGGUGGGCUCUGAGCAGCCCCUGAAACGCGACGGUCUCCUCUCCUCCGCGCAGUUUGCCCGCCCUCCACUCAUCCUCCAUGGCAGCGUGGACCCGUGAAGCAGUGCUGAACCUUUAUCGGGCUCUACUGCGUCAGGGACGUGGCCUGCGCUAUACUGACCGUGAUUUCUACUUCGACACAAUCCGGCGGGAAUUCCGCAAGAACCAACAGCUUGAGCAGCUCAAAGAUAAGGAGAGACAGCUGGAGAAGGGCCAGGCUUUCUUGCACUCCAAACUUGGGGGGUUGGUUUAGAGA